GUCUGUUGGAGGCCACGCGGUGGCGCUGCAGGCUAAAGAGACUGGAAAAAAGAACUAAAUUGAGAACACUGCUGAUGUCACUAACAAAAAAGAACGCCGCAGGUAGGCUGGGAGAAAACCGCAGCUACCCCAGAUUAGGAAAGGAACAAAAUCCCAGGUCCCUGCUACUACGUAGUGUAGAUUUGGAGUUUGCAACUGCAUUUUCCUUUAUGCUGGGAGCUGUGAUUGUGACCAAUAUUGACGAAAGACGUGUUCAAAAGAAGCUAUGGAGGCUGGAGGGUUGUGCUGCCCAAGACAAAGGCAAGUCCUGUUUCUCGUUCUGUUUGGGGGAGUAUACUUGGCAGGUUCUGGAUUUGGACAAUAUUCAGUGACAGAGGAAACAGAGAGAGGAUCAUUUGUGGUCAAUCUGGCAAAGGACCUGGGGCUAGGGGACCAGGAGCUGGUUGCAAGGGGAGCCCGGGUGGUCUUUGAUGAUAAUGAACAUCACUUGUUUCUGGAUUCUCAUACUGGGGAUUUGCUCACAAAUGAACAACUGGACCGGGAGAAGCUGUGUGGCUCCACAGAGCCCUGUAUGUUGUAUUUCCAAAUUCUAAUGAAUAACCCCUUUCAGAUUUAUCGGGCUGAGCUGAGGGUCAGGGACAUAAAUGAUCAUUCACCAGUGUUUCAGAACAAAGAAAUAGUCUUAAAAAUAUUAGAAAAUACAGCUGAAGGAACAUCAUUUCGACUAGAAAGAGCACAGGAUUCAGAUGGAGGACUUAAUGGUAUCCAAAACUACACCAUCAAUCCCAACUCUUUUUUCUAUGUUAAAAUUAGCGACAGUGAUGAAGAUAUGAUAUAUCCAGAGCUAGUGUUGGACAAGGCACUGGAUAGGGAGAAGCAGCAAGAGCUCGGUUUAACACUCACAGCACUGGAUGGCGGGUCACCACCCAGGUCUGGGACUGCCACUAUACGCAUUGUGAUCCUGGACAUCAAUGACAAUGCCCCAAAAUUUUCUCAGGCAAUCUACCACACCCAGGCUCCAGAGAACAGUCAAGUAGGAUCAAUUAUUGCUAAAGUCUCAGCAGAAGAUGUAGACUCUGGAGUCUAUGCAGACAUAUCCUAUUCAUUUUUUGAUGCUUCUGAAGAUAUUCGAACAACCUUUCAAAUAAAUUCUUAUUCUGGGGAAAUUAUUCUAAGAAUGUUGCUUGACUUUGAGAUAGUAAAGUCUUACAAAAUAAAUAUACAGGCAGUCGACGGUGGGGGCCUUUCUGCAAGAUGUAUGGUUUUGGUUGAGGUAUUAGACACCAAUGACAAUCCUCCUGAGCUGAUCAUGUCAUCACUUUCCAACCACGUUGCUGAGAAUUCUCCUGAGAGCAUACUGGCUGUUUUUAAGAUUAAAGACAGAGAUUCUGGAGAAAAUGGAAAGAUGCUUUGCUACAUUCAAGAUAAUCUGCCAUUUCUUCUGAGACCCUCUGUGGAGAAUUUUUACAUGCUAAUGACAGAAGGUGCGCUGGACAGAGAAAGCAAAGCUGAAUACAAUGUCACCAUCACCGUCACCGACCUGGGGUCACCCAGGCUAAAAACAGAGCACAACGUAACCGUGAUGGUCUCCGACGUCAACGACAACGCCCCGGCCUUCACCCAAACCUCCUACACGCUGUUCGUCCGCGAGAACAACAGCCCCGCCCUGCACAUCGGCAGCGUCAGCGCCACAGACAGAGACGCGGGUGCCAACGCCCAGGUCACCUACUCGCUGCUGCCGCCCCAGGACCCGCAGCUGCCCCUGGCCUCCCUGGUGUCCAUCAACGCGGACAACGGGCAGCUGUUCGCCCUGAGGGCGCUGGAUUACGAGGCCCUGCGGGUCUUGGAGUUCGGCGUGGGCGCCGUGGACCGCGGCUCCCCGGCGCUGAGCAGCCAGGCGCUGGUGCGCGUGCUGGUGCUGGACGCCAACGACAACUCGCCCUUCGUGCUGUACCCGCUGCAGAACGGCUCCGCGGCCUGCACCGAGCUGGUGCCCAGGGCGGCCGAGCCGGGCUACCUGGUGAGCAAGGUGGUGGCGGUGGACGGCGACUCGGGCCAGAACGCCUGGCUGUCGUACCAGCUGCUCAAGGCCACGGAGCCCGGGCUGUUCAGCGUGUGGGCGCACAACGGCGAGGUGCGCACGGCGCGGCUGCUGAGCGAGCGCGACGCGGCCAAGCACAGGCUGCUGGUGCUGGUCAAGGACAAUGGCGAGCCGCCGCUGUCGGCCAGCGUCACGCUGCACGUGCUGCUGGUGGACGGCUUCUCGCAGCCCUACCUGCCGCUCCCGGAAGCGGCUGCCGACGCGGCCCAGGCCGACCCGCUCACGGUCUACCUGGUCAUCGCGUUGGCGUCGGUGUCGUCGCUCUUCCUGUUCUCGGUGCUGGCGUUCAUCGCGGUGCGGCUGUGCAGGAGGAAUAGGGCCGCCUGGGUGGGUGGCUGCUCGGUGCCCGAGGGCCACUUUCCGGGCCACCUGGUGGACGUCAGCGGCACGGGGACCCUGUCUCACAGCUACCAAUAUAAGGUGUGUCUGACGGGAGGCUCAGGGACCAGCGAGUUCAAGUUCCUCAAACCCAUUGUCCCCAAUAUUCAGGCACAGGGCCCUGGGAGCACUAGUGAAGAAAAUCCCACCUUCCGAAAUAGCUUUGGAUUUACUUUUCAGUAAAAAUUCUUUUUAUGUUUUCAUGUACUUUCGAAGUAUUAUACAAUCAUAUUAGUUUAGUUUUAAAAUUUCAAGUUAAAGAAUUAUUCUACUUCGAGUCUAAUUUUAAAGUAUUAUAAGUUUGUUUUUGUUAUUUCAUCCUUGUUUGCACUAUUAAACAGCUUUAAUUAGUACCAUUUCUAAACAGUAUUUUAAAGGUUUACUACUUUCAAAAUGUACAAUGAUUUAACUUUUAUUAUAUUUCAUUCUAGAAAACUGAGAUUUUGAUACUUCUAGUAUAUUUCACAGACUACAUCUCAUAAUUCUCCCCAUACCUCUAUUGUAUUUCCUUCAUUUAAGAAGACAUAUCUGUACUUCUGACCUUGUUCUAACAUUGUCUAAUCAUGUUAGAAAUCCAUGGCAUUUGGUUCUAAAUCAUAGCAUUUAAAAAGAAAUAUUUCUUUAUUAUUCUACUUAUGAUAAAAUGAAACAUUAUUCUGUGAGUGAUA